CUGGACGAUCUGAGCCCAAUGCCACAGACGGCGGUGCCGCCGGUACGGCGCCGGGGCGGCAUCUCGGCCGAGCCGGUAACCGAGGAGGACGCGACCAGCUACGUGAAGAAGGUCGUCCCGAAGGACUACAAAACGAUGGCGGCGCUGUCGAAGGCGAUCGCCAAGAACGUGCUGUUCUCGCACCUGGACGAGAACGAGCGGUCGGACAUCUUCGACGCAAUGUUUCCCUGCAACUUUCUGCCCGGCGAGCCGAUCAUACAGCAGGGCGACGAGGGUGACAACUUUUACGUCAUCGAUAUCGGCGAGGUUGAGGUCUUUGUAAAUAACGAGCAGGUAACGACGAUCAGCGAGGGUGGCAGCUUCGGUGAGCUCGCCCUGAUCUACGGUACGCCCCGUGCGGCCACCGUCCGUGCCAAAACUGAUGUGAAGCUGUGGGGCAUCGAUCGGGACUCGUACCGUCGCAUCCUGAUGGGUUCGACGAUCCGGAAGCGCAAGAUGUACGAGGAGUUCCUGUCGCGCGUCUCGAUACUCGAGAGCCUGGACAAAUGGGAGCGGCUUACGGUGGCCGAUGCGCUCGAGCCGGUUAGCUUUGAGGACGGGGAAACGAUUGUGAGGCAGGGUGAACCGGGCAACGAUUUCUACAUCAUUGUGGAAGGAUGCGCAACCGUAAUGCAGAAACGUGGAGACAGCGAAGAGGCAGCAGAAGUAGGUCGCCUGGGCCCGUCGGACUACUUCGGCGAGAUUGCGCUGCUGCUUGAUCGACCCCGUGCCGCCACCGUGAUCGCCCGCGGACCGCUCAAGUGCGUCAAGCUGGACCGGGCCCGGUUCGAGCGUGUGCUCGGCCUGUGCGCCGACAUUCUGAAGCGUAACAUUACCCAGUAUAACAGCUUCGUGUCACUGUCCGUCUAAGGAGGGCGUUAGUGGGAGGCGGGCCAACUGCAACAGCAAACAUUUGAGCCGAUCGAGUAGUAGUAGCCGAUCGCCACACCGAACAAGGGGAAGCUUAACGGAGCUGGUACUGGGCCCGGGGGCGUGUUGAGUGGCUGAGGUGAUUCUAUUAGUGAUCUGCUUUUGUCUAUUGUGCAGGCUCUUGCCGCCUAUUACUUUCUCGGAGCGGAGUGUGCACACGUGCAGGGGCUGGAGAAGAAAUAGAAAGCAAACAGGUAGACAUUUAUUUUCUUUUUUUCUUCUCUCUUUCGUGAUCAAUUCAAUAUUGUGAGCAUUAGUUCGGGUUCUCCGCUGUUUUUUUUUCUUGUAUUGGACAGUGAAAAUUUGAACAAAGUUUCACACCGUUCUAUCAACUCGGAAACCCCUAAAUCUGCACGCGCCAGAACCGUUCAAUGGUGUUGCACGUGCGUAUAUUUUACUUAAACGAAUGGUCUGGGAAAGAUAGCUGCGUCGUUUCAUGGUACAUAUAUGGCAUGUUACGAUAGAACAAACGCUGUAUUACAAAAUCGGUGUGGAACUGCAAGAACGAACGACCGAGGCCGACGAAUGUGUGUGCGAAGGUUGUAGAAAUAUUAGUUAGAAACUCGGGUGCGCUUGCUGCGCGCGCGCUAGUGCAUAGUAUCGCGAUAGUUUGUCUGCGUUUAAUUUCAUGCGUUAACAGCUGUCGUCUCUAUAAAUUAAUGCAAUGAAUUAGUUAAGUAUUUAUAACCGACUAUUUGUGUUAAGUUAGCAGCAAAAACAAAACAAACAAACAAAACAAAAACUUGAACUGGGGCAGCAGAAAAGUUAAGAAAGGAAGGAAGGAGGUAAGGUUCGCGGAAGUAGCAAAACAAAAAAAAAGUGCAUCUUGUGUAGAGGAACAACUUUUAUUGGAAAACUCAAAAAAAGAUGAAGAAGAAGAAACACUAUUGGAACUAUUGGAAAACAUGAGGCGCAAAGUGUGUGGCAAAAGUGUGCUGAAAAUAAUAGUAGAAAAAGGUCCAAAACAAAACAACUGUCCAAAGGAAGCAGCAAAGAAGGAGAAACAAUUGGAACAACUACGAUGGUAACGAGUUCUUUUUAUCAACUUUUAAUUGGUCGAAAUUUGUAAUUGAAUGCGCAAUUUUGUAAGCGGAAGUGAAGAGAAGCUGCGGGCCCGGGAGGUAGCGAAGAUUGGAGCGACGUUAAGGAAGCUUGAAAGCAAACAUUUGAACCCCCAGCCCCAAGAGGGGGAAGAGCAGCAGCACAAUUAAACAGUAUGAACCGCGUCCCCCCGACUCCGGCAGAACUUAACCGUGGAAGGUGUACACGGGAGGGCGCGGUUGCACUACAGGAACCAAGAUGUAAAACACACACAGGUGGUACACUAACUUUCUCGACGUUUUUAGCUGUUUGGUGUCUCUUUGUAUAUGUUGAUGUGCUAAAUUGCACCCAGGCAAGGUUGGAGAGGUCGGCAAGGGUACGAUCGUGUUGCGUCCCGCAAACUAAUGCAACAAUACAUAGGCGACAGAUAGAGUACGAUCGUUUGUGAAUUUAAUUCUGAACGUCUUUUGUAUGGAUCAAUCCUUUUUCUCUCAUCGGGGUCGCAUCGCGUUGAAGUGUGGCGUUUUAAGGAACAAACACUUCUUCUAGCAAAAGGCGACCUCUACUACUACUAAUCUGGUAAUUAUCUUGGUGGAUUUAACACGUACACUUGCUGUAUCGUUGUAGAUCGUUUACAAAGCGAAGUGUAUCUAAUUUCUUUUCCCAACACUGAAACAAACUUUCAAUUUACGUCCCCCAUCGUUGGAGUAUUACAACACAACAACACAACUCGCUCCCUUUCCUUUCCUACGAUGUGUAAUGUUGCCUUGUGAGAUGUUUCAAUGUGUACAGUAAUAGUGGACAGGUGGAUGCAAAAAAACACGAAUAAAAGUGGAAAUAAUUACAGAAUUGGUGCUUUGCAAUGAGAAAGACGGACGGGAUUGGGAAGGCAAGUAAAGAAGUAUGUUGUAAUUAACUGCUUUCGGUCACAUCAUGAUGAUGAUGCUCUAAUUGAGUUUGAAAAUGGCCCUGCCGUUAACUAACCGUGUAUUAUCGGCUUUCUCUGAAUGGUUUUCUUCUUUUUGUACGCAAACCGGGUAGUCCCAGUUACAUAUAAAUGCUGCUUUUUUCUUUCUUUCUAACUAUUACAUGUAAAGUAAAAGUCCCCUCACUAAGCGACUAACAUGCACUGGUGUGUGCGCUCUGCUGCUACGGCAUAGGGACGGAUUAGAAAUUCCACAAGGCUGGCCCUUUGUUUUGUCUAUCGUCCCACAUAGUAAUACACUUACAACAGUUACGCAAGAUAACACAUUUUACCGGCAUGUUUAUUAAAAACCCCAAGAAAAUGUGAGGUUUUAUUGUAGUAAAGUCAACAAACAGUAGUCGACAGCAACCGUAGAAGAUUUGCCCACGAUUUGUCCCAUCUUCUUACGCAAAACUCAAAAUGCUAACAUGAAAUCAACGCUAGCGAAGCUUAGUGUAAUGCAGGCUUGAGUGCGGAUAGUGAUCGAUAUAGUACGGAUGAGUUAUCGUUUUAUCCGACCAAUACCACAGUUCAAAAUUCUUUCCAGUAGUUUGUUGUGAGGGCAUCCACGUCCUUGUUGCACUAGCCUAGACUACUAGAACAGUACCGACAGAGGGAAAGCGAGAGCGAGAGAGAAGGAGAGAAAGUGAGCGUUUAGUAGCUCCGUAGACUGCUUAGUGUCCUGGGUGCCGAGAAAUUAAAUGGUAAAUUAAUUACUAGAACUUUCUCCAAAUCCCAUUCGAGCCAAAUUUACUUGUAGAGUCAGCCUCUUAUUAGAUUUCUCCCUUUCCUCUUCUCUCGUUCGUUCGUCCCUAAAAUUCCUUUUGGCGGAAGUUGUGUAGUGUGCACUAGGCAAAUUUUCAAAACACCCGGUACUUUCAUCCCCAUAGCCCGGGAAAUAAUGCAAAGAAACGAACGCUCUUCUUCGAUUAAUAAAAAAAAAUCAACUACACCGUGUCGCUGUCGCGGUAUUUUGAUCACUGUAGUGUGUAUUUCCAGUAUGUUACAUUUGUCAUUCGAGUUUCAUGCAAAAUGUGUAGUUCGGAGUUAGGAGUUUUGUUUUGUGAAUCAUUUUCAUCAACAUUUA